AUGUCAAGCUUGGGGGAAGCCAAAGAUGUCAAUUUAUCUAUCGAGGAAGAAGUGAACGCGAGACGUGGCUAUUCAGCUGCUCUUAAUAAUCCUAAAGUAUCCAGAAAGUCCAAGGAUAAUGCAUUAGACCUACUCAAUGAUGAGCUUGACGGGGACGCACCUCGACAUUACCUUGAUCAGGCUCCGGACCAGAGUACAGACUCGAGUGGUCUAGUUGGCGUGGAAAAAGCUGCACCUGUAUCACCAUAA